GCAUUUCUUACGUACUUUGGCCAGUCAGCAGUACUGGCCCAUGAUGAGUGUGAGCGCUUCCCUUCUUUUAACCACUGUGAUUCUGAACAAGCAUACAGCUAAAAUGAUCCAGAAUCAUCUUUCACAUUCCUUGUAGCUUGAAUUUCGAUAUCAGGCUAGCUAAAUAGGCUAAAUUGGAAGACCACGGUCAGGGCAGGGCCAUCAUACCAGUGGACUAUAUACAACCUACAGGCAGCAUGUGUGUGAUUAAAGUUGAGCCAAAUGGAGAGGAGCACCCCAUUUAAAAAUCUGAAGAUCGCAUUAUAAACAAAACCUUUCUUCUUCUGGAGUGUUAUCGAAUUGGCCAACAGCCAGAGGCAGAGUACCCAAUCUUAGGUUCGUCAUUCAAUAAUGGCCGAUACAAAAUCAGAUGAAAUUCAAUUGAAGCCUGAACCCUUAUUCGAGCAGAGGGAAAAUGGCGAAACAUACAGAAUCCCAGCUCUCGUCUCCUUCAGAGAGGAGUCAUGUGGGCAAGAGACAUAUUUAGCCUUUGCAGAAAAGCGCACUACUCCAAAGGAUGAGGAUGCCAAACUCUUGGUGAUGCGGAAGGGAAUUCGCAAAAAUGAAAACAUUGAGUGGUCACCAAUACAAGAGCUGGAACGUGCGAGUCUUCCUGGCCACCGCACCAUGAACCCCUGCCCAGUCUAUGAGAGUUAUUCCAACACACUGUUCCUCUUCUUCAUCUGUGUUAAAGACGGGGUAACAGAGCAACAGCAGAUAAAACAGCGUAAGAAUGCAGCCCGGUUGUGUUACAUCUCCUCCAAUGACAAAGGCCAGAGCUGGAACCAGAAAGAAGGCCCGAUAGAGAUCCCAAUUGGUGAACAUGUUAAAGAGUGGGCCACUUUUGCUGUUGGACCCGGACAUGGUAUUCAGAUGAAGAGCGGGAGGCUCAUCGUUCCAGCCUAUGCCUACAGUAUCCCGCACGGCGUUAAGUCUCAUGCCUUCUCAUUAUACAGUGAUGACCACGGUGAAACAUGGCAUGUUGGGGAGCUGAUUCAGGAGAUGUCUUGUGAGUGUCAAAUGGCUGAGAUUAUCGACCAUGAAGGCAUUUCACAUUUGUACUGCAAUGCCCGUAAUACCAGCGUUUGUAGAGUCGGAGCUCUGAGCAAGAAUGAAGGAGCCAGCUUUGAGGAUACCCACUUAGCCCAAAAGCUUGUGGAAGAGAAAGAUGGCUGCCAAGGUAGUGUGAUAUGCUUCCCCAAAUCCCUCUCAGAGGAUGACGAUGGUGUUCAGAAGAAUAGCCAGAGCUCAGCAAGGUGGCUGCUGUAUUCACACCCCACCAAAAAGAGGGGAGACAUGGGGGUGUACCUGAACAAGUCUCCUCUAGAUGCAUCAGGAUGGGAAGAACCCUGGAUAAUCCACCACGGCCCAAGUGGCUAUUCUGACCUGACCCACCAUGAGGGAAUGGAGCAGUUUGCCUGUCUCAUGGAAUGUGGAGAAAAAAGUCAAUGUGAGAAGAUUGUCUUUGUGGAAUUCUCCCUCAAGGAUGUCAUUAAAGCUUGUGGAAGAGAACCUUGA